GCUAUUUAAACCCAACCUACAGUUCUGGCAGAAGUUCUUAUUUUGUAGGGGUCGCAGUUCUAACCUAACCUACAGUUCUGGCAGCGGCUCUUAUUUUGUAGGGGUCACAGUUCUAACCUAACCUAUAGUUCUGGCAGCAGUUCUUAUUUUGUAGGGGUCGCAGUUCUAACGUUACCUAACCUACAGUUCUGGCAGCAGUUCCUUUUGUAUAGGGGGUCGCAGUUCUAACCUAACCUACAGUUCUGGCAGCAGUGUUUAUUUUGUAGGGAUCGCAGUUCUAACCUAAUCUAACCUACAGUUCUGGCAGCAGUUCUUAUUUUGUAGGGUUCGCAGUUCUAACCUAACCUUCAGUUCGAGCAGCUGUUCCUUUUGUAUAGGGGUCGUAGUUCUAACGUUACCUACCUACAGUUCUGGCAGCAGUUCCUUUUGUAUAGGGGUCGCAGUUCUAACCUAACCUACAGUUCGGGCAGCGGUUUUUAUUUUGUAGGGAUCGCAGUUCUAACCUAAUCUAACUUACAGUUCUGGCAGCAGUUCUUAUUUUGUAGGGUUCGCAGUUCUAACCUAACCUGCAGUUCGAGCAGCUGUUCCUUUUGUAUAGGGGUCGUAGUUCUAACUUAACCUACGCUUCUGAUAACAGUUCCUUUUGUGUAGGGGUCGCAUUUCUAACCUAACUUUACCUAUAGUUCUGGCAGCAGUUCUUAUUUUGUAGAGGUCGCUGUUCUAACGUAACCUAACUUUAUUGGUAACAGUUCGUUACAUUACAUUAUGCUAUGAUACAAUUAUGCCAUAUUAAAUUCAGCCGAACUACUAUUUUGUUACAUUAUAUUGUGCAAAAUUACUGUCAGCGACAUGAGUAUUAUGCGGUAACAAUUUCGGCAGAACUUUUAUUCUGCUGCAUAAAAUUCUGCGACAUUAAAGUCGGCGAUAAUAACAGUAUGCCAUUACAAAUUCGGUGGAAUGUAAUUUAUGCUACAUGAAAUUCUGCGAAAGUAAAAUCUACGAUCUUAUUAUUCUGCUAUUCAAUAUUCUGCCAAAUGAAUGUCGUGCGGCAUGACAGUUAUGCUAAAUAUACAAUUAUGCAAAAGUAUCAUUCGGUUAAAAAUGUUUCUGCGAAUACUGCUACUAUGCGAAGUGUAUUUCGGACAAUCGAUAUUAUGCAAGAUAAAGGGAAGCCAUAAUUAUUAUAUUGUUUAAUACACUGAAAGCUGAUGUGUGUAUACGAGGGUGGAUUGAAAAAUUCGCGGCCUGAAUAUUAAAAACAUACAGAGGUUUUUUAAUUUAUUUUUAUUAUUCUACAUAGUCCCCGUCUAGUUGAAUGCACUUGUUCCAUCUGGAUUCUAGAGCCAUUACACCACUUUUGAAGAAGCUUUCCUCGAGACCUUCAAAAUAGGCAUCCACCUCAGCUUGGACCUCGGCGUUGCUUGAAAAUUUCAUACCACCUAUAUGUUUUUUUAAAUUGGGGUACAGAUGAAAGUCCGAUGGUGCUAAAUCGGGUGAAUAGGGUGGGUGGGGCAAUAAUUCAAACCCACAUUUGGCAAUCUCCGUCAUCGGUUUUAGUGACGUGUGAACACGUGCAUUGUCCUGGUGGACGAUAACUUUCUUAGUCAACAUUCCAGGUCUUUUUAUCUUCAGAGCCUCGCGUAAUCUGCGUAAUAACUCGCAAUAAUAGUCGGAAUUUAUAGUUUUACCUCUCUGGAGAUAGUCAACCAUUAUUAUUCCCUUUGCAUCCUAGAAAACAGAUGCCAUGACUUUAUUGGCCGACAAAAUUGCUUUGGCUUUUUUUGGGAGGCGGAGAUCCAGGACGAACCCACUGCUUCGAUUGCUGUUUGGUCUCUGGUGUAUAGUGGUGGACCCACGUCUCGUCCAUAGUUACAAAUCUGUCCCGUGAAUUAGUACGGUGAGCGAUUUUUUGUUCCACUGAAAGAAGCCUCGGAACCCAUCUCGCCGACACCUUGGAAAAACCUAAUUUGUUGACUAUAAUAUUUAUUUAUUUAUUUUUAUUGAAUUAAGAAACACACAGUCGUUUACAAACAAUUUUACAAGAAUAUUUCUUAAAUUAAGACCUGGAGUUUCCUUAUUGUAUAUAAAUUGCAGUCUAUAAAACAACAAACAAAAAUAGGUACUAGGUAGUUAAGUUAGGUAUAGGUAGACUCACGAGAGCCAUAAUAUUUUGAGUUCUCUCAUAAGAGAUGCCUACGAUGUCAGCUAUUUCCCGCACCUUUAAUCGCCAGUCUUUCAUUGUCAUUUCGCAUAUAAUUGCCACAUUGUCAUCUGCGAUACUAUCUCAUCUACGCUUGAAUUCAGCUGCCCAUUUUUUCACCAUCGUAUAUGAUGGACAGGAUUGCCCUAAUGUACUUUUCAUAUCAUCAUAAAUUUGCUUCGGUGUCAAUCCUUUUUUUAUGCAGGUAUUUAACCUUUUGACCGCCAAAGACGUCAUAUGACGCGCGCGGCUACAGCCCAAUAUCAAUCUUCAUGCGUACGGACAAGGUUCACUAUUACGCGCCGCGUACGAUACGCGUGGCGUUCAAAAGGUUAAUCACAGCACGCUGCUCUAAUUUCUCCAUUUUCACGAUAUCUACCGACACGUAACUUUAAAUAUGCCGUAAAAUUGCUUUUAAAUAUAGACGCCAAUUGAAAUUUCGCGGGAAGACAGUUGAAUAAUGACAGUUCAAAAUGGCGGCAGAAAAAAGAAAAAAGUUUUUUUUUUAAUUGGCCGGGCCGCCAAUUUUUCAAUCAACCCUCGUAUCACUGCACUUGUUUUUUUGUACGGUUAAUGUUCAUUUUAGUAAUUUUAAAUGUUUGUCAAGUCUGUUUUUAAAACUAUUCACUGAAGGAGCAUUUAUUACUGCUUGUGGUAGUUUAUUCCACUCGCGCACGACGCGGUUCGAUAGAAAGUGUUUUCUAGGAUUGCUUGUGCUGGGAACGCGAGUAAUCUUUAAGCUGUGGCCUCUUAGACGAUGAUUCUUGCUCAUAACAAACAGGUCCUUUAGUUCAGGUAAAUCGUAAUAAUCAUGUAUGAUCUUGAAUUUCAAUGAGGUCACCACGCUGUCUUCUUCGCUCCAGGGUUGUCAAACCAAGACUGGCAAGCCUUUGGUCGUAUGGUUUGUUACGUAGUCCAUACACCAUCUUGGUUGACCUGCGUUGCACAUUUCCAAGUAAAGUCAUAUCCUUCUGAAAGUAUGGACUCCAAAUUUGGUAAGCAUAUUCAAGAAUAGGCCUUAUGUACUUCUUAUAGUUUUAGGAACAGUGCUUUAUCAAUUGUUUUAAAGGUCUUUCGUAUGAGGUAUACUUACUAGUGAGUUGGCUCUUUUUGUUAUUUCCAAUCCAAUUUUUAACUAUUUUUAUUUUGUCUGACUGAUAUGCUCCUAUAUUCAAAAUAUUUAUUUUAAAAUUCUACAUGCGGCAACUAUCUUACUAUAUAAAGAAAUGGAAGCAAAAAAAAACUAACUGACCAGUGACCACAAAUUGAUUGCCACGUGCUCCACCCCUUAUUUUUUAUUUAGUAAUUAGUAAUAAUGUUUUUUUUUUAUUGAUUAUAUAAUUUAUAAUUAUAACCUUAAUAUUGAACAUAACAAAGUAUUUUAGUACAGAACUUCCUGCAAAAAAACGUGUUAAUAAUUAUCAUAUAUAUGCGACCUGUUUCGAGGUCAGACAAGCGGAAGCGCUAAGCCUAAUAUUUGGCCCUCCUAGCCGUCAUAGGUUGUACGUACAGUAAUAUAUGCACACAUACAUAUAUAGCGAUUUAUUUUUCUGACUUACAAGGCUUUUUUAUGUUUGGCAAUUCAGUCUAAUAUGGAUCUUGGUAGUGCGCGCGCUGGUCGUCAAAAUGAUCCAAAAAUUAUUAAUUUGCAUCGUUAUAUUUUCCAUUGCUUCGGCGCACGGCCAACUCCUUCAGCUGUUGUUGCCUCAGGUAUUAAAUUCAUUCAAAGGCAACCUAACCAAACCUGUAGAGACUCUCAACAAUAACAUCGAUGGAGAAACCUUCGCGAAAAUGCUCAGGUUUCUGACUAGUGUUAUCCUGACCGUGGCAUGGACGUUCGAUACCGAUAGAAACGUUCAAAAUCUCCUGACAGAUAAUAUCAUAGCUUCUAAACGUGCUAGUUUCGUGAGAGAUUACAACCUCGGCCUCCGAAACAAAGACUGGCGACUCAGUAGCAUUCAUAUCAUCGAGAAGUAUGGUUUUCCAGUGGAGACUCACGAGACUGUUACAGAAGAUGGAUAUCUUCUCAAACUAUUCAGAAUACCAGGUGACGGUCCAGUUGUGUUUCUGAUGCAUGGGUUAAGUGGAAGUGCUGAUGACUUUGUGGUAUCAGGACCGGAAAGUGGCAUAGCAUAUUUGCUAGCAAAAGACGGCUACGAUGUAUGGAUGGGUAAUGCGCGCGGCACCAAAUAUUCCUUACGACACACCCAACUAAAAUCAUCUCAAGCAAAAUUUUGGGAUUUCUCCUGGCACGAGAUUGGAUACUUCGACCUUCCAGCUAUGAUCGAUUACACUUUGAACGCUACAAGCCAAGAUAAUUUACAAUACAUUGGGCACUCGCAAGGCACAACCUGCUUCUGGGUAAUGUGUUCGGAGAGAUCGGGGUAUAAUGACAAAGUAUCCCUUAUGAUUGCCUUAGCUCCAGUCGCUUUCAUAUAUAACGCCCAGUCUCCUAUUCUUCGUGGACUUGUGUCCGUGCCCGGACUGGUGGAUAAAUUCUCAUCGAGAGAAGGCAGAGAAAUGUACAUGAGACAAUCUUGUGGCGACACUGUUGGGCCGUUACACAAAUUACUCUGUGUUAACUUUCUACUCUUUACCGCUGGGUUCAACUUAAACGCUAUGAACGCGUCAGUUUUACCAGUUGUCCUAGGUCACGCGUCGGCUGGUUCAUCGCUGAAACAAAGUAUUCACUAUGCACAGCAAAUCGUUUCGGGAAAAUUUAGAAGAUUCGAUUAUGGUGUCACUGAAAAUAUACGAAGAUAUGGAUUCCAAGAACCUCCGAAUUAUGAAUUAACGAAUGUAAGAACGCCCGUGGCUCUGAUUUAUAGUGAUGCGGACUGGCUAUCAGAUGUCCGCGACGUCGAAAAGCUAUCGUACUAUUUGCCGAACGUUUUCGAUACUUACAAAAUAGAGCAUCAACAGAUUACCCAUCUCGACUACGUACUAGGAAAAAAUGUGAAAGAUACAAUUUACAAACGAAUUAAAAUAAUGUUAUCUCAGUUUUAGUAUUUUUGAAUAGUCUUGGUGAAAAUAAAUGAAAUGUCAUACCUAUUUAUAUAAAAAAAACUCGAAAAUUUUCGAUAGACGUAAGUAAAUUGAAGUACCUACCUACGAGGAGCAAAAGUUCGUUUACCCACGUGUGGUUUACGACAUUGACAUGAGUUUAUGGAAAUUAGGAAAUAAAUAAUUAUUUAUUCGAAAGUUACUUUUAAAAGUCAUGUUCAAUACUUUUGUUCACGAUUGUAUUUAAUCUAAAUAUUAAAUUUGUAAUUAUUUAAUGGAUUUACUAGUUAACUAGUGUCUGCCCGUGACUUCGUGGGCGUGUAAUGAUGAUAAUGAUCGAUAUGGAUUAGCUUCUCCUAAGGUUUCACAUAUAAGUACAUUGAGUCGGACCAAGCUAACUUUGCACAUAGUUUACAGUGGCAGAAUGUGGAAGUGCCACUAUAAAUGUGAAAAUCCUGUAAAAAUUAUGAAGCGAAUGGAGCUACUUCAACCUAUAUCACUUCAAUGUCAGUACAAAGCUAGCUUUUAGACGAAUUUAACCUUUUAACCGCCGUAGUCUGAUAUAUAAGAUAUACAAUAUCCAGCUCAUUUCGCCGCAGUCUGAUAAAUAAGACAAAAUUUCGUGUAACUUCGUACCCGCGGCUACACGAGCACGCUCGAUGAAAAAUUCUAAGCGGUUAAAAGGUUAAGGUACUUACGUACUUUUUAGUGUUUUAAUGUUAAUAGUCUCGUCAAUUAUUACACUUCGUAGUCUUUUUGUUAUAGAUUUAAUAAUAUUGCCACGUACAAUAAAAUGACAGUUGAAUAUUUAUUCAUGUAUUUAAAUAUUGUAUUCGUUUGUAGAUUGAUUUCGCUAAUGAUAUUCAUACAGUCUAUAGUUAUAGAGCCCAGUCAUGUUUACAUAGUGCGAAAAAGUAAUCACGGCAACGUCGUUCAGAACAUUGUAUCAAUACAUGCUGUAACAUGACACACAACACAAACAACUAGCAUACGCUGGUACGGCAUAGCAUUUGUUCUUGCAAUCGUUGAUUAGAAAAAACAUGAAUGUCAUUGGCAGUUUUUUUAUAUCACCUCGGUGGCAAACAAGCAUACCUAUGGCCCGCCUGAUGGUAAGCAGUCACCGUACCCUAUGGACGCCUGCAACUGCAGAGGUGUUACGUGUGGGUUUCUGACUCACACUCCUUUUUUGAAGAACCCCAUACUGUAGCCCCCCGAGAAAACCUGGACAAAAUAGGUUUAAUAUACAUAAUCUAUGAAUAGGUUUUAAUUAAUUUCUAGAAACUGUUUACUUGUUUAAGUGUUACUAAUAGUCAGAUGAAAUCGUGUCUUGAGACUAACUAACAGUUCUUUAUGGACUCGGCAAAAUUUGGACUACAAUCCGAAUACGACACCAAUACAAGCCGAAUCUUAAUCUUUUUGAAAUUGUUUAUUUACUGGUUAACAUAUUAUUUAUUAAGGAUAAGUUGCUACGCCGUUCAAAGUUCAUAAGUAAGGUAGAUGUAAGAAAAAAGGCAUACUUUAAAUUACUAUAUUUCUUAAGAGGGAAAAAUAGCUUUACGAUCCUAGCGAAAUAACCGUACUUUUUCUUCUGAAAUUCCAUUUUGGGAGAUAACGUUUUCCACUAACUAAAUCUUAACAAAUCACUAUGAUUUUGGUGUCGAUCGCUUCAGCAUAAUAUAUUCUAGGUUUAUAGGUUUCGCUUUAAAAAAAUGUAUUACAAAUUUAGAAAAAAACCUAGUUUUUAACACGCUUUUAUUAGGUCGACUUAUUCCAUUACAUUGUUACAUACAGGUAACAAUGUAAUGGAAUCUAAGGUAACUAAUUUAACCAUCUUCCCAGGAUAGUAGCGUCAUGAAAAUUGGCAGCUGUAUGUAGUUCUGAUGACAAUACAAUAAUAUGGUACUGUCGAACUGGUCUGAUGAUGGAGUCGGAAGAUAUGAACUGGAACUUCGUGAUGGAACAUCGUAUCAUAGCUGUGUUUGGAUUUGUUAGAAAAGUCUUGUAAUGAACUUUGACCACGAUUAGGUUUCAAGGUCUAAUGAUGAAGCCGGAAGAUAGGCACUGGCAUUCCAUGAUGGAAUAUCGUAUCAUAGUCGUGUUUGCACAUGUGAGUGACUUUUUACGUGCAUUUAUAAAAGCUUGUUUCUAGUGUUUAUUAAACUAUUAAUUUAUUCAUUGUGUCAAUAAGAUACUCUGUACUCUUGUUGUCAUAAUCUGUAUUUCUGCAAGGCAAAAGCAAAUAGGUAUCUUAUAGGUAAGCGUGCUCCAUCGUAGACCGCAUCAUCACUUCCCAUCAGGUGAGUUUGUGGUCAAUACUAAAAAUCAUGGACAGUGGAAAAUAUUUAAUGGUGGAAUAAAGUUUUCUCUUUUUGUAUGAACGAUCACGUGGUCCCGUGGUAUUUCCCUCUUAAGGUGAUGUCGCAAAACUCAGUCGUUUAUAAUUUAUGGUAGAGCCUUUUAGAUCCAUAGGUAGGUAUAUAAAAUAAUUGCAGAAUGUGAUUACAUUGAUUACUUAUCAUAUUAUUAUAAUCAGUCUGCCUAUUGCUAUUCGACUGAUUAUUAGUAUAAUCUCGAUAUGACGAAGGAUAUUGCCGAAAUUUCAAUAAAAAUGUGUGUCAGCCUUGUUUUUUUCUUAUUCUUAUUCAUGUGAAAAGUGGGUGUAAGUUCGUAAAACUGAUAAUAUUUACCGAAUAAAAUUACGCAUAAAUAAAAACAUUACUCUGGCAUGUUUAAUUAUAAUCUGUGAUCCUGAUCUAGACACGAGCGCGUCAUUGAAAAGUACCCUAAGUUUGAAGGGUAAUAGCUGAAGUACAGACUUAUCGGAGAACUAAAUGCUGAUGAUAAAAUAACGUUCUAAUAAAGUAGGUUCAUAAAAAUAAACAGUUGUACCUAUUUUACUAAUGUGACACUGAUUUUUACUCCCUUUUGUAAAGUGUAAUUGUCCGCAAUCCAGCCGCGUAUUUGCGUCUAACGACGUUCCCAAAGAAAUAAGUGGUAAUUAAAGACGCGAUAUAAAUUUUAAACUUAUAACGAUUUUAUCAGUAUAAAACAACCUUUCAAAUCAUGGCAAACUUUUUUUAUUAAAAGGUUUGUAUAAAAUGAUCUCAGUCAAAACUUUUGUGACAGAACUUAUGACCUAAUUCAGGAAUGAUAUCAUAUCAUAAACAUAAAUGUGAAAUGAUAGCCAACCGCCAAAAUAAUUGAGGUCUAUGUGUGCCAAGUUCUGUGUACAAACUCCUAUGAACUCCUAUGAUUUAAAUUACCACAACAUGCUACGUUUUAUAUAAGUAUUCCUUGGUUCUUGGUACUACAAUGUUUGCAACUUAAUAGGUACUUAGUUAGGUACCUAAUAUAAAUUCAAAAUAUCAGACAAUUAUUUACCUACUAACCUUUUUGGUAUUUUCCAUUACGUAUAAUAUAUAAUGUCAUCUAUCCGAAGGACGACGCCCGGUCGUUUAAAAGCAAUUUGCUAGAUUGGGUAGAUAUAAUUUUGUGACCUACUUAAUUUGUGCGUUUUCUGUUAGCGGUUAUAUUAUUGUAAGCCUUGUGUACGUAAUUAGGCUUCAUAUUGUAUGGUUCCUAGAUAAGUUUUACCCCUUCAUUUUACUACCUUAGGGGAGUAGGCCGAAGUUAAAUUGUGUUUUAAUAAUACACAUAUACACGUGUUAAUCAAGACGAGGAACUUAUAUUAUUUCAUUUAUAAGUAGGACAAGUGUACAACUCAUAUUUUUCAGCAUGAUACACGCUAAGAUCCAACACUUCCAACCAUUAAUUGUAGAUAAUGCAUCUGAUGACUUCAUAGGUUGCCCUUUUCUCACUAACCUCAUACUCAUAGCCUAUCCGUCUCUUGGAAUCUUGCCUUUUAAUUUUUAAUAUACUGUAGUAACUGCUAGCAGUAGCUAAAGAAUAACGCAAUAUCCUGUUUGU